AAGGCGUGGCACUCUUGUCUGUGCUUGGACCGGUGUCUCUGCCUGGAGGUUAAGGAUAGGGUCUGGCAUGGGAAUCUGCCAAGAUGGGCGGUGCGUCCAUCCUCAGUACAGCUAUGGGGGCAGGGAUGGGGAGACAUAAUGGCAUCUAGUGUGGAGGGCUGUAGCUUGAACCUUCCCCGCGCGAGACCCCCAUCGCCAUUCUGGACGGGACCCUGCCCCUCCCCCUUCCUGGAGCGUGACCCCCUCCUCCUCGCCCCGAGGCCUUUGGCGACUGGGUCCGUUGGGGCAGAGCCAUGGAGGAAAAGCCUUUCAAAGUAAGAACUCUUCCUGGUCCUCCUCACCCUGUCAGCCCCCAGACUCAUCCUAGGUCCACCCUGGGCCCCUCCCUGGCUAUCCUCUCACUCAGCCCUGGCUCAGGGCAGCUCCCAACCAUCACCGCCUCCCCAUCCCCACCCCGGCAACUGAGUCUCGGCCCUGGAUGGGCUCAGGAUACGCCCCCCCCACCCCAGCCUGCUCUUCCUUUCCUUCCCAAUUCCCCACGACCCUUGGCUUCCCUCGGUGUAUGUGGCCUACAGGCGUUGGCCAAGUCUUCGGGCCACCGUGGCUCAGGCAAGUCGAGCCCGCACGACACCCGGAAUCUGUGGACUACGGCCACGCAGUCGCAGCCGAAGCUGAAUGUACCGCUGCCUACUGUCCGUGAGGACUCGGAACUGGAGGGCAGCAGCGUAGGCGGCAAGACUCGCUGGUCUUACAACCAGAAGGCUGGCCACGACUCGGACGGUGGCUGGGAAGAAUCGGAUGACGGAGAGGACAAGGACAGCUUCAAGCCAGAGGAGCUGGACGAGCACGCCUUGAUGGAGCUGGAGAUGCGCCGCGGCAGCUCCCUGGGAGGCCCUUUAGAGGAGGACGAUUCCAAGACCGACGACGAAAAGUCUUCUUCAGUGUCAUCGCUCAAUAUCUCGAAGCACACACCCCAUCGAGCCUACUGGGUGGAGCAGCAGAGCAGGCUGCCCCUGCCCCUGACUGAACUCAUGGAGAAUGAAGCUCUGGAAAUCCUCACCAAAGCCCUCCGGAGUUACCGAUCGGAGAUCGGCCGGGACCACUUCCUGACCAAGCAGCUGCAGCGAUACAUCGAGGGGCUCAAGAGGCGCCGGAACAAGAGGCUGCAAGUCAUGGUGAUCUGAGAGCACCGCCUCGGGCUCGAGUGACCGCCCGACUCCAGCCCUGGUCCCAGAUCCAAGCCCGACCCUGUCCAUGUGGAUUUUGAGCCUUAGAGAAAUAAAAGAGCCUUCUGUACAUGGUCCGUGAGUCAAUGCGUGGCUGCCCGCGUGAGGCGGACGCACGUGGCCCCGCCUUUCCCUGUGACCUUCACUCGGUCACCGCAGUGACCUUGAGCGUUCUCGGUUCGGGCCCUAUCGGCUCCGCCUUCCCGGGACUCGAAAUCCAGGACUUCUUGCAUGCAUUAGGUCUGCUUCUCCCACUCCGGGUUCAGCAGCUUUGUGGUGAUAUUGGGUGAGAGGUCCAAGUGCCCCGAUUGUGUUAUCCUGGGGGAAGGCGGAAAAGGGAAAGGGACA